UGCCCCAUAGCAAACGAAGAAAAAUUGAAACCGAUAAUGAAGAACUGAGAAUGCUUUGGAAUGCUUUGAAAAAGGGGAAAGUUAAUGAGAUUGAGAGUGGCCAGUUCCUUCUAUUUUUUGAUGAUGUUUCCUAUCUUACAGGCGAUAAUGAGCAAGGUUCCAAAAUAUCCACUCUGUUCAUCCGUGAAUGUUAUCUCCAUCUGUUUAAGAUUAUCUUUGAAAAUAUUAAUGUCCGUCGUUGGCGUAUUACUGGAAAUCCAGGGAUUGGGAAAACCUUCUUCGGUUAUUACCUGCUUUGUCAACUUGCACAACAAAAUAAAAUGCAAGAACUCCUUCAGAAGGCAAUUAACUCAGUUAAUGAUAAUAUAUUAAAUUUUGUUGGCGAAACCACAGAGGACAAUAGUGCCAGUCACAAAAUUGUUCAUAUCCGUACGAACAUGCCACAAGUAGGUGAGAAAGGAAAGGGAGUAGAGGAAGUAGAGGAAAUAAGUGAAGUAGAAGACGAUACUGGAGAAUCUUCCUCUCCUACAGUAACUAAGCCAGACGAAGAUAAUAAAGGGGUACCCUUUUAUAUAUUGUCAAAUUUAGAUUUUGCAUCCAAUUAUGUUUAUGAAAAGGUAAUGGAUGUACUCCUAGCGAAUUACAGAAAACAGUUGCAGGCUUUUGUGCAAGUUAACAAAUCAAUAAGUGAUUAUGGCACACUUCGGGGUGCUAUAUUUGAGCAGAUCGCUCAUAGAAAAUUAUUAAAUGGAGAGUCAUUUAAGGUUCGUCCUUUAUUUGAAAAGACUACCUCUUGCUUCGGGAUAACUAAUCAUAAUCUCAAAUUAAUAAUACCUCCUUGGAACAAAUUGUUGUUCAGCAAACCUGAUAAGGUUAUACAAACCCGAUAUUGUAUACCAAUUCAAAAAAAUAACGCAUCUUUCGAUGCAUUUGUUUCUCCUGACACAUUCUUCCAAAUGACUACUGCUGAGAGUUAUCCUAUCAUCAAGAGUGGCUUGGAAAAAUAUAUUGAUAAGGACGGUAAUUCAGAUAUCAAUUUUUAUUUUGUCCUAUCGAAGGAUUUGUAUAGCUCUUACAAACCACAGGCUCUUCAUACCGCAAACAGGACUGUUCUCAGGAGUAAACCACCCUGA